AUAAUAAUAAUAAUAAUAAUAACAACUGGAAUUGGUAAAAAGACAUUUCUUACUCACUUGUACCCCAGAACAGAAUAACAUCAACUGCGCCAAUAGUACGUAAGGGGUUAGAGUGAGUUGCCAAAAAUAUUGAAAAUAAAGUCCAGAGGUUUAUUUUAAGUAUCGUGGAUUCCCUAUAUUGAUUAAAAGUCAAUUAUGUGUAUACAAUAAAUAUAUAUAUGAUGAUAUUAUAAAAUAACAACACUACCGUUACUUUAACACCACGUCUAUAUUUAAGUUCGUCCGUGCUAUUUUUAAAACGGGUAAAAAGCAGUGACUGCUCGUAUUUCGAUCACGCGCUGCAUCAAGCGCACAGCACAGCAACUGUUUUAAAACGUCAAUAAUAGUAGUUGUGAUGUUGUAUUUUAAUCAGGCUUCUUCGAGAGUUUUUUUUUUUUUAAAUUGUCUAAGGGAAAGAGUUUUGAAAACAAACGAAUGCUUUAUUAAAACUGAGUUCGAGUUUUCUUUUCUUUUUUUUUUUGCUUUUUUACUCGUUUGGUUAACUUGUUUGGAAUGUGCCUUUGGAGACGCCAUAGCAGUUGAUCCGUGUUGUCAAACAGGAAUGUGGGCGGGGCGGCUGAGUAGUGUUUCAUGAAGCAAUAAAUUAAUAUACAUAUAAAGUCAGACAUCAUUUAAACUGCAGUUUACAUAAAUAACUACCACGGAACGGCAGAGAAAAGGCAUUAGGUGUACUUUUUUUUCUGGUUUAAAAAUAGCUGUGCGGAUGGGAAGAAGCACUUGUGUGCGGUAAAGAGAAAUGGGGAAUACAUCCAGUGACAGGGUCUCGGGUGAUCGUCAUGGGGCGAAAUCCCACCGCAGUGAUGGGGUCUCAAGCAGCCAGGCAGUUAAAGAACAAGAAACGAGCAAAAUCAUGGUGGACAGCGCGGACGAUCCCAACAUCUUCAACACACACAUCCUGGAGUCAAAGGCUUCAGCGGAGAAGGAGUUUAUGCAUUUUAUACCUGAUUCCGAGGAACCAGUAAAGCCACCGCAACAGGCAAGACCCACUGUGAUUCGCUGGGCAGGAGGUGGGAAGGAGGUGUAUAUUGCAGGGUCAUUCAACAGUUGGGCCACUAAGAUCCCACUCAACAAAAGCCACAAUGACUUUGUUGCAAUCCUUGACCUGCCAGAGGGCGAGCACCAGUACAAGUUCUUUGUGGAUGGGCAGUGGGUGUACGACACCUCAGAGCCAGUGGUUACCAGCCAGAUGGGAACUAUUAACAACCUGAUCCAGGUGAAGAAGUCUGAUUUUGAAGUAUUUGACGCCUUGAAUGUAGAUUCUCUUGAGUGCUCCGAUUCAUCAGACCUGUCCAGCUCUCCCCCAGGCCCCUAUGGCCAGGAGGUCUACACAUUUCGGCCUGAAGAACGCUUUAAGUCUCCACCCAUUUUACCUCCUCACCUGCUGCAGGUUAUCCUGAAUAAGGACACGAAUAUUUCAUGUGACCCUGCCUUGUUGCCUGAGCCAAACCAUGUGAUGCUAAAUCAUCUCUAUGCACUUUCUAUUAAAGACGGGGUGAUGGUGCUGAGUGCGACCCACCGGUACAAAAAGAAAUACGUCACUUCUUUACUCUACAAACCUAUCUGAUCUCAACUCCAGUAGUUUAUUUUCUCGGCACGUUCAUACUCUGAUCAGUAUCACCUCUGUCUGCUGUGAUUGCACUGAAACUGGUUUUACAAUAGGGAUAUGAGGCUUGCAUCAGCUGAUAGGUGGUCAUGUUUUGGAAGAUUGACAGCACAGUAAAACCUUAAUUCUACAAAACCCUACUAAAUUGUCUUGUUAAAAUUUGCUGUCUUUGACAUUUACAUCAUCUAAACUUUCAAUGCAUGUGCACUGGAGCAUACAGUAGUGUGCACAUUUUUUAUAACACCUCAAGAUUUGUCAUUUUAUAUCAUUUAUAUACCUACCUGCAUGAAAACCACUUGUGUGAGAAUUAAAUUUUGGUCAGUAAUCAGUAUUUAUAGAAACAAUAGGCUAUUGUGUGAAAAUGUUAGACCACUUUGUACUUUAAUUAGGCAUCUUAAACAGCUUCUAAAAAGUCUCAUGCUAUGUGUCCCUUUUCUCUUACUAUUUUAAAUUAAUUGCAUGUGUGGCCUAUUAAAGUCAUCAAUUAAAUUAGAUAUUAAAGGCUGCUACCCACCAGACAUGAUGCAGCAAGCAGAACUGUGCAAUGAUGCGUCACAAUCAAUAGAACCUAUGCUUUUGCUAAGUAUCUUUCACAUUGUAGCCAAAAGUCACUACAGACAGAUGUUACCAUGGCAAGCUGAAAACAUGACAAUUACUGGUGAUCAAUGCCAAUCAUCAAUGUAUUUGUACUUCCUUAGUGUUCAUUUGGGAGGCUUGAAAGUUCAAGUCAACUGAAAAAUAUAUAUAAGCAACACAACAUUUUACAAACUUAAAUGGAAACUAACAUUUAAAGAUAAUAAUUUUUGCUGAACCAAAAAAACAAAUAUAUAUGUUACAAUAUGGCAAUUGCAAAUAUACUUAUUUGGCAUGAAUCAUGGGUAAGGAAUUUGUGAAGGGUGCGUGCAGGCCUCAUGUUACCUCUUUCUCAGAAUGCUGCAAGCACAUUACCUGUGCAUUUGUCAAUGCUGUGAUUAUGAAUGUUAAGAUAUAAGCUUUAAACUAUGCAGAUGAAAAAUCCUGUACUCUUAUUAUUUUAAAGAGUAAUGGGUCCUCAUUAACUUUAAUUGCAGUCGUGGCUAUGAUAUAAAUCCUAAAAACUAAAGUAAUAAAUCAUCCAAAAAUGUCAUUUAAAGAUUAGUAACAUUUUAAGACACAGUUCCUGUAUUGCCAGUAGUGUUUUACAGAAUUUAGAAGGGCUCAUGAUAUAAUUAGGAAUUGAAAAUUGUAUUUUACACAUGCCAUCCAUAUUGUGCCUUUCCAAUCUGAUAUGAAUUAUUAUAAUUUAUUUUUCAAAAUGAUUGGCUCCCAAAAAUAGCUUUAGAAAAGCUUCACUUUAUCCAUUGUGUCCUGGUUUGUUGGACAGCAAGCAGUUGUAGCAAUGUAUCUUCUGACCUGAUAAUGGUGUAGCAUGCUGAAUUAAAUCGGGGCAUUGCUGGAUUAAGAUGCAACAGUUCAUACCAAAUAGAUCAGUAUUAAUUUACUGAACAUGUUCUCGUUCAUUUUUAUUUUAGCCUAAAGGUACAGAUGUGCGUAUUGUCACUGAAAGUUAUGUUACUGAAAGUAACAAGAACCAAGCAAAAUUUCCUAGUAACAGCACAUUCAGACAUCUACGUGAUCAAGUAUCUGAAACCACAGGUGUGAAGUUUGUGCCUUUAGUGUAUACACCACGGCGUGUGUGUGUUUGUUUAGAAGAAACCUGAACAGCAGAAAUGUAACUUAAAAUAAGUGGCUUGUACUGUAUGCCUUAUUAGCAUCCAUGUGUUUCUGAAGAUAUAGAAUGCUGAUGUGUUUUGUAAUUUAUUGCACCUGUUUACACCUAAUAAAAAAGGGAAGUACA